AUGGAAUCGCUGCAAGAGAUGUUGAAAAUGUCAUCUCAAGAGUUUGACUGCAAAAUCGUCAUCCAAUGUCUUAGAGAGUAUGAGCAAAAGUUGAGAAUAGAUCAAAACAGACUGGGCAUUCAGUUGGAGGAUUUCGCUGCUCUAGAGACCAUCUUGACGUUUCUGACGGAUCGAAUUGCAUUUUGUAGAUCUGUGGACUUGUCAGUUAGUGAUUUGUGGAAUGAAUGGGAUCUACUGCUGCAAUGUAUGACGUAUUGCUUUCGAGUGGUGCGAAAUGCUUGUGUUGAAAAUUGCACUAAUCAGGAUAUUGCUUUACAAUGUCAUCUUCAUGAGUCAGCCAUCAAGAUUCUCUACUUGGUUUUCACUGUACAAGAUACUGUUAUCUCAGUUCACACACUCAACCAAGACAACAGAGGGAUUUUUGUGGCACUUCAAGUUGGUAUCCAAAUGCUAGGCAAUCUUGUAACACAGAACGACACCAAUAAAGACUCAGUUUGGAAAUCGUGUUAUCCAGGGUUUGUGAGACAUGUUUUGAACUGCGCCGAUACGAAAGCAAUGGAGUACAUGUGUAUGGUCAUUUACAACUGUCUAGAUAACAAACGAGGGAGACAGUUGGCUUGCGCCGAUUGUAAAGAUAUUAGGGAAGGCAUCAUAAGACUUUCUCGUUCAGGUGACGCAGAAUGGAGUUUAUUGGUUUUGGACCAAUUGAUUUGCCUUGGUCAUUUCCCAGUACUCGUGGAUGCAACAACAGAUACAAAUGCUAGGGUAAUAUUGCUUGACAUGUUGGCACAAUUAUUUUCUGGCACAUCCCAACCUAUGGCCACAGCAACUCAAAGCUCGGACAUAUCAAAGAUUGGAGAAGAUACAGUCAAUACUGUUUCCAGCCUGUUUUCAUCAACUGCAGUCAAUAACAGUAGUAGUGACAACAGCAGUUUACGGUUGACCGAGUGUCUGGUUCACACUUUGUGUUGCCUAUCGGCUGACGAACGUAUUCUAGUUUUCGUUCAAGCUCAGCAGGAUGUGUUGAUAAAGGCAGUAUCUCUUUUAAUAUCAAUUGUGACCAAUGCCUCUGCUCAAGAAAAAGUUGCCGCGACUUCAUUACCUGUUGACUGUGGCUCAUCGAUAAAGCGUGAUUUAGUCAGACUUAUUGGAAAUUUGUGCUACCAGAAUCAAACCAAUCAGUGCAAAGUGCGAGAGAUAGGCGGAAUACCUGCCAUUCUGAGUGCGUGCAAUAUCGACGAUUCAAAUCCAUUUAUCAGAGAAUGGGCAGUGUUUGCCAUUCGAAAUUUAUGUGAUGGAAACGUAGAGAAUCAAGCCUUGAUUUCACAGCUGGAGCAACAGGGCAUGGUUGAUAGUCCAUUAUGGAAUCAGCUUGGACUUGAAGUGUCUAUAGGACCAGACGGUACACCAAAGGUCAGGACAAAGCGACCACAGAGUGAGACAUAAAUCAAUGUUAUGGACUUGUAUUAUUGUAACACAAGAGAGAACAAUCGGUAAG